AUGAAGGUCAGAAGCCUGGUAUUAUACUUCAACUUUCUUGUUGCCGUAGCAGCAUCAAGCCACGAAUCCUACUGUCCAGCGUCCAUCCAUUCAGCAGGCGCGCACAUAACUCAAGUUGACCUUGCCCUACAGAGCAAGCAUGUGAAAAAGCGUCUUCAGGGCCAAAGUCAGAUGUCAUGUAGUCAGCGGUGUCUGCAGCAAGACUGGUGUAUAUCGGUGAAUUACGAAGUGUCUCGACCGGAAGGAGGGGCCUGCGAAUUGAACACAUACGGAGUCGAGAUGUUGGCCGACUCAAAUUCCAAAAACCCAGAGUUCAAAUUGAAAAAAGGAUGGAUAUACUCACAGUUAAGAUCCGCUCAGUUCACACUAAGCUUACAAGCCUGUAAAGAUGGUUCGUUUACUUGUUCAAAUGGAGGCACAUGUGAGAUUGACUGCAAAACUCUCGUCCCAAGAUGUCUUUGUCCGGAAGGCUUUUCUGGAGACAAGUGUGAAAAUCAUGAUAAUGAAUGUCAGAGCAGUCCAUGCAAGAACAGUGGGACGUGCAAGGACGAAGACAACGGGUACACGUGCGCAUGUGUACCUGGGUUUACAGGCAAAAACUGCGAGACAGAUAUUAACGAAUGUGCUGGUGAUCCUUGUGCAAACGGAGGGACUUGUACCGAUGGAAUCAAUGGCUUCACGUGCACAUGUCCCGCUGGUUAUAAUGGAAGCACGUGCGAUAAUGAUAUUGAUGAGUGCGCAAGCAAUCCUUGUCAGAACGGAGCCACGUGCAAUGACGGCGUUAACAGUUACACGUGCUCAUGCAAGCCUGGGUUCACCGGCACAAACUGCGAGACGGUGGCAUGUUCUUCAAGUCCCUGUCAGAAUGGUGGAAGUUGUGCUGAAAAGGGUGGUGGUCUUUACGGGUGCACCUGCGCCUCUGGAUACACAGGGGCAAACUGCGAAACAGCAGGUAAGAUCUUUAUUAUUAUCUUUGUCUUUACGAUUAUCCGGGCGAUAUUUUUUAAGAUAAUGUUGAUACAAACUUUUAUUAAUUGA